AUAUAGAGCUCAUUAGGCAGGCAGUCAGUCUCCUGCAGUGUGUGGCGAAGGCGGCUGUACAACAUGGCGAGGGAACAGCUCUGUAAGCUAUUUGUUGGCGGGCUCAGCUUCGAAACGGUGGAAGGGAACCUGCGGAACCACUUCGAGCAGUGGGGCAAGCUAACUGACUGUGUCGUAGUCCAGGACACCUUCACCAGGCGCCCCCGAGGCUUCGGCUUUGUCACAUAUUCGUCGCCGAGCGAGGCGGAUGCUGCAAUGGCUGCUAGGCCUCAUGUCUUAGAUGGCCGCACGGUAGACCUGAAGCGAGCUGUGCCAAGAGAAGAUUCGAACAAGCCUGGCUUCAACAUGAAGGUAAAGAAGAUCUUCGUUGGCGGCAUAAAGGAAAACCUCGACGAGAACGAUCUGCAGACCUAUUUUUCGGAUUAUGGGUUGAUUGAAAAAGUGGAUGUGAUCUGCGACCGAGACACUGGCAAGAAGAGAGGCUUUGCCUUUGUGUACUUCGAUGACCACGAUUCUGUUGAUAAAGCUGUAAUCCAGAAGUACCACAUGAUUAAUGGCUACCGGUGCGAAGUCAAGAAGGGGUUGUCGAAGGAAGAGAUGCAGAGCGGAAGUAGACCUCGCGGUCGAGGUGGCAGCUUACCCCAAAGAAACGGUCGGAGUGAUGGCAAUUUUGGCAAUUCUGGCGGAUACGGGCCGCAAAGCGGCGGCGGCGGCGGCGGCUACUACAAUGAGAGAGGAGGUCGAGGAGACCUCUAUGGUGGUUAUGGUGAUGGUGGACAUCCCCGGCGUGACCGCUCCUUUUCCGGAGGAAGUUACGGUGAUCAAAUUGCGAGCUAUCGAGGAGGAGGAGGAGGAGGAGGUGGCGGCGGCGGCGGCGGCGGAUACGACCGUGGUAAUUUCCAGGAUAGCUAUGAUAACUUUGGGAGCUACUCCCCUGAGCCGUCUCACUAUGGCCCCAUGAGAGGUGGGGGCGGUAUGGAUAAAUAUGCUGCUGGACCCUACAGGGGAGAUUAUGGUGUUAGCAGUAGAAGCAGAACCAGAGAUUUUGGUGGAUUUGCGUUUUAGUUUAUUCUUUUGUGUGUGAGGGGGUGGGGGGGAGAAGGGUGAGGAGCUGGGGUUGAUGGUUAAAACUAGGGGCUCAUAGCUACGAAAUGUAUUCAAGUAAUGCACACCAAGAAAUCUGCAUACUUUUGUUUUAACUUUUUUUCGUAAUAAACAACAUUGAAUUUA